AUGACAAGAACUGCACUAAUUGCGUCGACAAUUGUAAUCUUUGCAACGUUGACGCCAAGCAUUGAUAGUCAUGGCUAUAUGUACAUUCCUCGGACGCAGUUCAAAGGCCAGGGAAAUGAUGGUUGGAUAGUGCAAAUUGAACCUCUUUGGAAAAGUUCGGAUUGGAAUGGUAAUACUCAGAAAAGCGUCAAGGCAUUUCAAAGUCUGAAGGCUGCCAACAACUUCAAAGACCUGAAGACUCUCAUGGAUAAUCCUGUCCUUGGGCGAGAUUGUGGCUACAGUGAUCCCAACGGCAAGCCUCAGCCCAUUCCCAAAGAUGGCAAAGCCACCUUCUCACGUGCCAUGGUUCACACGGGUCCAUGUGAGAUGUGGCUUGACAACAAAAAAGUGCUGUAUGAAGAUGAUUGCUAUAGCAAAUACGGAAAUGUAGAUGUGAACAUUAAAUCAGUGUUCCCCGUGGACUAUUCAUCGUGUGCCAAUGGAGGCUGUAAGCAGAUGCGUUUCUACUGGUUGGCGUUCCAAGGCAUUAAUGGCAAGACCUUUUGGCAAUCCUACAAAAUGUGCAUUCCUCUUCAAGGUUCAGGUGGUGGCAAAAAAGAGGUUGGUGGCGAGGCCGAUCAGCCAACCGACAAUAAUCCUCAACAAUCAACGUCAGAUGAUAAGCCAGAAAAGACUCCCGAGGAUAAGCCAAAAGAGCCUUUCAAGAAUAAGCAAGAAAAGACUCCUGAGGUCACCCCAGUCUCAUCAUCAAAAUGCAGUACCCGGAAGCUUCGUAACUAA